AUGGGGGUCAAAAAAGAGCUUCAUCGACGUCACAUUGCCUUGGAUGAUCGCUGCAGUGGGUGCGGUAUUGAGGUGGAGUCCAUCGCUCAUGCGCUGUUUGAGUGCUCUAAUGUGCAGCAAGUGUGGAACUCCUUUGAUCUUAAUGACAUUAUUGCUGACUCCCCACAUCACGCCCCCUUUACAGAAUGGCUGCUAUGGAUGAACACAAGAGUUGGGAGGGAUGAUUUGAGAAGCAUUUUAACCAUUGUGUGGGCUGUUUGGUUUUGUAGAAACAAGCACGUUUUUGCGAGAGAAGAGCUUGAUAUGCGGUAUAUUGCUGCUGGUUUUCUUCGAAUGGUGCGUGAACAUUGUUUAUACACCAAGAUGGUGGUUCAAUCCCCUGCUCUUGCGAGACAGAGCUGCGUAACAAAGUGGAAGUGCCCUCUGCCAGGCACUAUAAAAAUCAAUGUUGAUGCCCAUGUUGGUGUUGGUGUUGCAGGGGGUCUUGGACCGGUUGCAAGGGACAAUGCUGGUAAGAUCUUGUGGGCUGCCACAAGGAGAAUCCCGGUGAACUGGUCGGUUGAAUUGGCGGAGGCUGCUGCAAUUCGGUUUGGGUGCAAGAUGGCUAGGAGAAUGGGUCACUCGAUGGUGCGGAUUGAAAGCGAUGCAUUGUCAGUUACGAGCAAAAUUGGCAAGGAUUAA